AUGGUUGCCGUCGCCACUAUGCCCGCCCCCAUCGGGGAGCCCCAGAAGCUGGAGAAGAAGCCCGUCAAGUUCUCCAACUUGCUGUUGGGCGCCGGUCUGAACAUGUUCGAGGUCACCACGCUUGGCCAGCCGCUCGAGGUCGUCAAGACCACCAUGGCUGCCAACCGUGGCGACGGCUUUGGCACUGCCCUGGGCCGCAUCUGGGGUCGUGGUGGUGUCCUUGGUUUUUACCAGGGUCUCAUCCCCUGGGCCUGGAUUGAAGCCUCCACCAAGGGCGCCGUCCUUCUCUUCGUCGCCUCCGAGGCCGAGUACUACGCACGCAACGCUGGUGCUUCCGAGUUUGGUGGUGGUAUCAUCGGUGGUAUCACCGGUGGUGUUGCCCAGGCCUAUGCCACCAUGGGUUUCUGCACUUGCAUGAAGACGGUCGAGAUCACCAAGCACAAGGUUGCCUCCACUGGCGUCCCGCCUCCCAGCACCUUCCAGACCUUCAUGGGUAUCUACCGCAAGGAGGGUAUCAGGGGCAUCAACAAGGGUGUCAACGCCGUCGCUAUCCGUCAGAUGACCAACUGGGGCUCCCGUUUCGGUCUCUCUCGUCUGGCCGAGCAGGGCAUCCGCGACGUAAGAGGCAAGAAGGACGGUGAGAAGCUCGCCGCCUGGGAGAAGAUUCUUGCUUCCGGUCUCGGUGGUGGUCUGUCCGCCUGGAACCAGCCUAUUGAGGUCAUCCGUGUCGAGAUGCAGAGCAAGAAGGAGGACCCCAACCGACCCAAGAAGAUGACGGUCGGAAACACUUUCCGUUACAUUUACUCCACCAACGGUAUCUCCGGUCUCUACCGUGGUGUUGCUCCUCGUAUUGGUCUCGGCGUUUGGCAGACGAUUUGCAUGGUUGCUUUGGGUGAUAUGGCCAAGACUUACGUCGAGAAGGUCACCGGCGACAAGGUCACGGCUAAGCAUUAA